UUAGGCCAAAAACAUAUAAGACGAACCAAAAUUCAAAGAAAAACCCUUUGUUAAAUUAUUUCUUAACCCCGAUUCUUGAAAUUAAAAUGAGGUGGACGGCAUUUCUUUCUAUAUUUGUUGAAAUAUUUCUUAAGCUCAUAGCCAAACCCUUGAAGAAAUUGGGGUCGAUAAUUGAGAAUUUUCUCAACUCUUGUACUCAAAGAGAUAAUAAGGAUUAUUACUCUAUCUUCGGAUUUAUAGACACUAGGUUUGAUUUGGACAAGAAAAUACAACAUGGAGAUGCAAAAUAUUACCCUGCACUUUCAAUGAUGGCAUCCAAGUUGGCUUACGAGAAUCAGGCCGUUGUCCAAACAACUAUUUCUGAACGUUGGAAGAUGGACUUCGUGGACUUCUACAAUUUCUAUAAUGAGUUCAAACAAAAAUCAACAACACAAGCUUUCAUCUUCCAUAACGAAAACAUAGAUGAGGAUAUGAUCGUCGUGGCCUUUAGGGGUACAUCACUUUUCUCGGCGGAAGAUUGGAGCACUGAUUUCAAUUACGCGGGGGUUAAAAUCGAGGGAAUACCCGGAAAAACUCAUUUUGGUUACAUGUUAGCCUUAGGUCUAAACAAAUACUCACGUGACAACGAUAACGAUGAUUAUCUAGGAAAUAUUAGUGGUACGUGGCCUAAACAAAUCGAACAAGACCCAAAACGCCCUUUAGCUUAUUAUACACUUAGAGAAAAGCUCAAAGAAAUGAUGUCACGUUACGAAAACGCAAAAAUUAUUGUAACCGGACACAGCUUUGGGGGUGCACUCGCGGUUCUGUUUCCGGCGGUGUUGGCCUUGCAUGGUGAGGUUGAGUUAUUAGAUAAACUGGAAGGUAUUUAUACUUAUGGCCAACCUAGGGUUGGAGAUGGACAUUUUGGUCAUUUCAUGAAAAAUAAUGUUAUAAGAGAGCAUAAUAUAAAGUAUUACAGAAUUGUUUAUGGGUAUGAUAUUGUGCCUCAACUUCCCCCGCGCGAUGAUGCUGCAAAGUCGUUCAAGCACUUUGGGACAGCCCUCCGGUUUAAUAGCUUCUACCAUGGAAAGAUAAUUGAAGAAGAGAGCAAUGACAUCCCAAGAAUAGUAGUGAGAUUAUUGUACACUUUGAUACUUGCAAUUGUUGCAAGGAUAGUUGCAGUGUGGCAGUUUAUAAGAGGGUUGUUCAUCGGAUAUAUAGCAGGGCCAGAAUUCAAAGAGAGUUGGUUGCUCUUAGGGCUAAGGUUUAUUAUUGGUAUCCUCUUCUUUCCUCGUGCCAUUGAUCAUCUCUUUCAAGAUUAUGUUAAUUCAACAAGGAUUGCCUCAGAUGACUUGCUUGAAAAUUAUCCUGCAAAUUUGGCCAAGGAGGAUUCUGCACAGGGGCCUUAAAAAUGCAUUUUAUGCAUCAAUGAACACGUACUCGCGUAUCUAUAUUUGUAUUCUGUGUUUGAAUGUAUUUAAAAUUUAAUCAAAUAAAUUAUACGCAUACUCUCUUGCCUUGGAA